GGUAAUUGUGGGGCGAAAAGGAUCUGCCAGAAAAAGGAGAUUUGUGUCUGCUCGCCGCCACGGAAAACCGCUUGACGCAAGGGACGUUUCAAAAACGGACGGUUUGAAGGUUUGAAAUAUUUCACGUGAAAAGUUUCACACAUCGCUUUUCCGCGUGGGUUUUGAAGGGUUUUUUUUAAUUGAAUGGUUUUGUAAACAUUUUUAAACAAUUUUACUCAUUUGUUUUUAACAAUUGAAGUAAAGAAUCCGUAUUUUUGCUGAAUAUCAAAUGCUUUGCUUCUUCUGAUUGUGAUUUCUAAUAGAAAAAAGCUUUCGUAAUGUGUUGACCUGGAUGGUCUCUCUCAGCCUGUUAAUUAUAAUUCCUAAUUAUACACAUUAAUUUAAUGGACCUGCUAAAAGCUUUCAGAAUCGUUUAAGUGCCUUUUGGACAUUUACUUAAACAGUAAUUUCUGUAUAAAAGUACGACUAGAUUCAAAUAUUUUUACCACUUAGUAAGCUUGAACCAUUGUCGCCAGAUGUCUCGAAUCGUGUGGAUCAGUGCUCUACUGCUUAUCACACCACUACUAGCAGCUCCGCAGUACAGGAAGCCCUUUCUACAACGACUCAUUGAAGAUGGGUUUGCAUCAUCGGAAACGAACGUCGUGUACUUCAUUUACUCUAAAACCGUCAACGCUGGACUCUUUGGGGGAAGUUAUCCAAGGGUUCUUAUCACCGGCUUGGAGGGCGAAUCGAAGCGGAUCAAAGGCCAGAAUCAGCAGUUUAACAUUGCCGCCCAAUCGUUGGUCGUUAUCGAUGCACGUAACGAACCGAUGGUGAGCUCUUUGACCAUAAAUUACAAUGCAUUUGUGUGCUCACGCCUAUUGAUGUGCUUAUCGUUUUAGCAUAACAACAGGUGCUUGAUCUACUUGAUAAAGGAGUUACAGCGUGUCCGCAAUCCUGGGAGCAACAAAUUUGUGCUGUUGGUUGAUAAAACCUUCCCGGAGCGUAUUAGCUUGCAGUACCUACGGGACGCACUGCUCAACCUCGGUAUUGGCUAUGCGGUGGUUUUACCCUACGAUCAAGUUAACUCCCCGCAUGAGCCUAGACGCUUAAUUCGCAUCAGUUUCACACAGCAGCUCACUGCGAGAACGACGAAAUUCCCAAACUUGCGACGUCUGUUCCGCUUGAACGGCCAAUCGCUCGAUGGGAUGCGCGUGUCCGGCGCAUUGUUUCAAUUCUUCCCCUUCAGCUACAUCACGCCGAGCCGACAAUGGGCCGGUACGGAUUACUAUCUGUGGAGCUUAAUCUCGACACAGCUGCGAUUGCGCCUGGAGUUUAGGCACGUCAAUCGAGCAGGUCCGACCUACUCCAGUGGUGCGUAUUCGCUUGCGAUGCUCAACAAAUCGGUAGACUUUGUCGUGACCCGGGACAUGGUUGUGCUCGACCACGCUCCCAAGCUGCAUCUUACCUCGCGCGACUACUUCAAUCUGGUCGUACCGAAGCCGGUGAAGCUGAACCUUAUCGAUGCGAUGGUGCAACCGUUUAACGGAACAGUUUGGCUCAUGAUCGGGGUAUUGUUGGGCGUUCGCGUAUUUGCUGGCUAUUUGCAGGACUGUUUCGGUCUGCUUGAUAGAAGCGGCAAAGUGCGUAAAUGGUGGCGUUCCAUUGAAGCCCCUCACUGUCCCUGCCCACAAUGGGUACAGCUUGCCGCGGAUGUGCUAACGUUCCUGCUAAUCGAGGCGUACCUGGCGCAGGUCACAUCUCUUCUCCUAACGCUGCGCUUCAUCGAGGGACCGCGAGAUUUGAACGAAUUUAUAGCCUCCAACAUACGGAUAGUGGAACCGUACGAAAGUACCCUGUCGCUGGUGCAGGUUGAGACGGGACAGCGGGCACUGCUGAAGACGCGAUUCGUGAAGCGUACGGCGGAAGAGCUGGCACGGCCCAACCAGGACGAUGCGUUCGUGGAGCUGCGGAGUCGCGUCGCUUUUCAAUCGUACGGUACGGAACCGUUCGAUCCGGUUACGGGCCGGCGGAACUUUUACCUGCUGGAUGAGCCGCUGGCCGAUGUGAGGUUUCAGUAUAGCUUCGCGAAAGAAACGGCUUUUAUGGGGGUGGCCCAGGACUAUAUGCUACGGUGCGAGGAGAAUGGGCUGCGGAUGCGGAUGGACGAGUCGUUCGAGCGUUGGGCGAAGAUUCAGCACCUGCGGAAAGAGUAUGGCAUUAAUGGGACCGUGCUGGAGUUUUCCGAUCUUAACUCGCUCUGGAUCUGUAUGGGCAUUGGAUGGUUGAGCAGUGGGUUGCUGCUUUUGGCUGAACGUUUUGUGCACUCGCGGGUGGUUCGGCGAUCAUCUUGAGUGGAGUAAAUUAAGUUUAUUUAAUUAUGGUUUUGUUGGGAUAGAACACACUUACUGGAACACAUUUGCUAUCGGUUUGCAAUAACAAUACACAGUGCGCUUGAUGCUUCGUAGGUAUUCUAGCAAUUUUUAAACAAAGAUGACAACAUCCGGCGGCCAUAUCUGCAGCUCACCUGGACGAACGCAACGAGAGGGUCGAAGCGAACAGCAGACUCCAGACCGAAUGACAAAAUCGUUCACAUUGCCCCGAGGGUUUGGUGUCAUUUGAUUCGCUUCCCCGCAACACCUUUCCGGUAUUCUCUUCCCCUCUAUUCUCUCUAGCGUCCAUUCUCUGCCGACAGACGCACACACACAUACACAGGAUUGCAGAAGAGGAUUUUGCCGUAAUUUAACACCUCAUUUCACACGACGACGCGCUCACAACGACAACAUGUCUACGAACGGUGUUUGUCCGCACGGUAAGCUACAGUAAAGAACAAGCUGCAGUUGUCUCUCUAACGUUUAGAUAACAGUGUGAAACAUAAAAAGAGCGACGAUAGGAGAGCAUUCACGCGCGCCUCACUUGAACUGUGACAAACAAACGUAUCGAGAGUCCUUAAAAUUCUCGAGAGACUUAAUUUGUGCAGACCGAAUGCGUCCCGUGGGGUGUCUGGGGAAUCCGAUUUUAAUUAAACAAAUCUACGAUUUGUGCACCUCCGUCUCGUCGAUUGGUUCCGGAAUUCCUUUUCCCCCUUUGCUUUUUUGCUGUUGGUGCUGCUUCAACACUCGAAUUACAGGAACAGGUCGUCCGUCAUCGAGGCCGACGCGCGGUUGCUUUCUACUGGCGACGACGUUGAAGGUGUGAGACGACGACACUGGGCGUCUG